AUGGCGGCGGUCCAAUCUCAGUCGGAUCUUCUUCUUCUAGAGGCGGAUUUCUUACAAGCUCAAUCCCAAAUGGUCCAGUGUCUAAGCAACGAUAUUCAUUUCGCUGCCAAAGUUCUCGACUUCAAGGUCUACGACAUCGAUGGUCGAAUUGCCAAUUUGAGGAAGGCGGCCUGGGAAGCGAGGACGAAAUCCAGAUGUGACGGAGACACAGCGGUCGAUGGUCAGAACAAGGAUUAUGAACGCAGACUCAAGGGCGUCUGGAAGAACACGACCACAUUGGUUGAGACUGCGCAGCAAGUCAAGUCUGAGUUGAAGGCCUUGACGGAGGUUGUUUGCGGACGACAAGAGGUGAUUGAGACCAGCACUCCGAGGGAAGACUCCACAGAGAAAAACAUCAACAUCUGA